AUGGGAAACAGAAAAAGCACUCGUAAUACUGAUUUUCCCCCUCCUCCUCCUCCGAUUCCUCCGCCACGGUUUACUGAUAUACCAAUGACUUCAACUUCAACAACUCUUUAUCGACCAAAACUACCACGUCAAGGUCAACGAAACCGUCUUCUUCCUAAAAUUCGUGCCAUUUUUAUACCCCAGGCUCCUUCAGCUGCAGUUUGGUAA